AUGAGGUUGACGUUGACUUUGUUAGCCCUUGUGGGAUGCACCAUGGCUGGGGUGUAUAAGACUCAGGUCUUAAAAGUCGAGUCUCCGCGUUUGAGAAUGAUGCGAGAAGGAACGUGGACUAAGUUUGUCGAAGAGAGAAACGCUAUCAGGAUUGCAAUGGGAAAUGUCGUUCCGCAAGCUGUAAACGACUUUACAGACGUGCAGUACCUUGGGAAUGUUACACUAGGCACACCAGAGCAGGCAUUCACGGUUGUCCUGGACACUGGAUCCGCGAAUUUGUGGAUUCCUGACAGCUCUUGCAACAAUCUUGCUUGCAAAAACAAACGUAAAUUCAAAGCAUCAGAAUCCUCAACAUACAAGAAGAAUGGCCACCCAUGGUCUAUCCAGUACGGAACUGGCGCAGCUCAAGGAAUUCUUGGAGAAGAGACUGUAAGAUUUGGUGACCAAGGUACUGAGCAACUGGUCGUUCCGGAAUGUGGAUUCGGUCAAGCUAGCCAUCUUGCUCCUUUCUUUACUCACGUACACCUCGAUGGGAUCCUUGGAUUAGGAUUUCCUGAACUUGCAGUGGAGGAUGUGGUACCUCCAUUAAAUAAUGCAAUUAAACAAGGCCUCCUCGAUCAGCCAAUUUUCACUGUGUUCCUCAAGUAUGUUGGAGGUGAAGAAAACGUCCCUGGUGGAGUUUAUACGUAUGGAGGCUUGGAUAAGGAAAAUUGCGGAGAAGUGAUUGCCUACGAACCUCUGACGUCCGCAACAUACUGGCAGUUUAAGAUGGAGGGAAUCAAGGCCGGCUACUUUAGCAACAAGAAUGGCUGGGAAGUUAUGUCGGACACUGGAACCUCAUUUAUAGGUGCUCCUAACCCUAUCCUAAGAGGGAUAGGUGAAGCUUUUAGGGCUAAGCAUGACCAUAGGAGUGAUGUUUACCUCGUACCCUGCGACGCAGAUCUGAGUCUCGACUUGGUUAUUGGUGGUAAAUCGUACACAAUCAAAGGACGAAAUCUCGCCGUUCACGCAGUUAAAGGAAAUGACGAAAUUUGCGUACUACCCUUCUUCGGCAAGGAUUCAAUGGGAUUCGGUCCUCAGUGGCUCCUGGGCGAUCCAUUCAUUCGUCAGUACUGCAACAUUCACGAUUUUGAGAAGAAGCAAAUCGGUUUUGCAGAGUCGAAGCAACAGGACUGA